AUGACCGUUGAAAUAUCGACAGCAUAUAUAUCUGCUUCGGCAAACCGUUAUUCCCAAGCCGGAAGCUCGUCCAACAGCUCACUUGUUGCGUUCGGUUCAUCCAGAUAUGUGGCACUCUGGAAUACCGCUUGGAAAGCGGCCCACAUCUUUCGGUCCCACCAGAAGUCGAUAUCAACUCUACACUUUCACGGCGGCACCCUUGCGACAGGGUCCUCGGAUAGUUCUGUUAAGAUAUGGAAAGAUGAAACCCAAACUAUUGACCUUCGUGGCAAAUAUCCCCUCUCUGUCAGACUAACUACUCUGCCAGAUGCGCAAGGUUCCGUAUUCAUUCUCGUCUGUCUUCCAGCCACGGUCCUUGCGAUAGGAGGGACUGACAAGAACGUGCAAAUAUGGACCCGAUCCGAUGAAUCUUUCGUGCGCUCCGCUGUAUUGUCCGGGCAUGAAGACUGGGUGCGAAGUUUGGACUUCCACCUGCCUCGCUCAGGCGAACAGCCUUUGAUCUUGGCGUCUGGGUCUCAAGACAGUACUGUACGCUUGUGGAAUAUCGAAGUUUACAGGGCUGUACCCAAGGGAGCAGGUCCAGCGGACUCGACUUUGAGCGACGAAUUGCUCGACGAGUUUGAAAGUUCUCUAGGCACCCUUGCAGAUGCGGAAGAAGGUGACCGGCAGAUUUCCUUGAAGAGACAUGUCCUAACGGUCAAAUCUCGCGACGGAAGGACCCAACAAUUCUCUCUCACCUUUGACGCGCUAUUAGUAGGACACGAAGCAGGCAUCACCUCGCUCUCAUGGAGACCAGAUGGGGAGGGGGAUCGCGAGCUCACUCUCCUCUCCACGUCCACGGAUUCUUCUCUCAUCCUCUGGUCGCCAUCUACAAUAAUUUCCACUGCCCAAGGCGACGCAAGUUCUCUGUGGAUCAAUCGGCAGCGUUUUGGAGACGUCGGUGGCCAAAGGCUUGGUGGAUUCGUCGGUGGUAUAUGGUCCCGCGGAGGAGCAGAUGCUCUGGCGUGGGGAUGGUCGGGUGGAUGGCGAAGAUGGCGCUGCACUUCUACUGACACCAAUGAAGCUGAGGUCUGGAAAGAGAUCGGCGCUGUAACAGGGCAUAAUGGACCCGUCAGGGGUAUUACAUGGAGCCCCCAGGGCGAGUAUCUCAUCUCCGCCAGUCUUGAUCAAACUACUCGCAUUCACGGACCGAUACCUGAGAGUAGCCGUCCUGUAUGGCACGAACUAGCCCGCCCGCAAGUUCAUGGCUACGAUCUCAUCGAUGUCGCGUCCUUGGAUCCUCUGCGUUUCGUCAGUAUUGCCGAUGAGAAAGUUGUUCGCGUUUUUGAAGCCCCUCAAACUUUCGUCGACGCCCUUAAUGGCUUGAAAGUGGCACAGUUCUCGCAAGAGGAUCAGGGUGAACGGCCGGCUGCCGCUAGCGUACCUCCUCUUGGUUUAUCUAACAAAGCUGUGAAGGAUGGUGAGAUUGCAGACCAUUUCUGCGAGAUUGUGCGACUCACGCACGAGAGUCUACUAGCCAGCAUCGUCAGCACCGUUUAUGACUGGAAUGCGGUCCACAGACGUCCAUUUGAGGGAGAGCUCUCGUCCAUGACAUUAUGGCCUGAGAUCGAGAAAGUAUUCGGGCAUGGUUAUGAGUCCAUAUCACUUGCUGUGUCGAACAACAAAAAGUUCAUCGCCACAGCCUGCAAAGCUACUACACCAGAGCAUGCUGUAAUUCGAGUGUAUGAAACGGACAAAUGGCAGCCAGUCGGGCAACCUCUGCAGGGUCACUCCUUAACAGUCACACGGAUAGCUUUCAGCCCAGACGACAGAUACAUACUUACCGUCUCCAGAGACCGUUCCUGGCGACUCUUCGAAGCCCAAGCUGAUUCAAGCUUUGCACCCAUCGCAGCUGAUAAGUCGCAUUCACGCAUCAUAUGGGAUUGUGCAUGGGCGCAGGAAGGUGAUGUCUUUGCCACAGCUUCCCGAGAUAAAACGGUCAAAAUAUGGCGCUUGGGCGACGACAGUUCCAGGUGGGUCUCGAUAGCAACUCUGAAGACUAAGGAAGCAGCUACCGCCGUUGCCUUCAAUGCCACAAAUGACGGAAGAAGGCUGCUGGCCGUGGGCACUGAGAUUGGCGGGCUGUCCAUAUAUUCUAGUGGCUCCAGUGCGUCCUCGGACUGGACGCCAAUGUGCACGGUUGACCACAGUCUUACCCAUAGCGACCAUAUUUACCGUCUUGCAUGGCGUCCUGGUCGGCAGGUAUUACCAAAAGAACUCGCGUGCUGUAGCGAAGAUGGCACCCUAAGAAUACUGGUGGUCCAACAAUGA